AUGCAGAGUCAGAGCACGAUCAAUAACCAAAACUCCCAGGCUAUCAAUGACAUCAGAGGGACUCUCACUAAAGUAACCACCACUUUGAGUAACCAGGAGAAAGGAAAGUUUCCAGCUCAAUCCCAGCCCAAUCCACAAGGGCACAAUCGAUCAUCUCAGCAUUCAGGUGAAGGGAGCAACGUGAAAUCAGUGAAAGCUAUUACAACUUUGAGGAAUGGUAAGGUUUUGGGUGACCCUGCCCAUAGUGUAGGGAGUUCAGGUAAAAAUGCUAAUCCUCCUCUUGAUAGUGGUGAGUCGAGCACUUUAAAUGCACAUAAUGAUGCAUGUUCCACACCUGCACCGUUUCCACAACGUUUGGUUUCUUUGCACAAGGAUAAACAGCAUGCUGAAAUCUUGGAAAUUUUUAAGCAAGUUAGGAUUAACAUUCCACUUCUAGAUGCAAUAAAACAAAUUCCUGCUUAUGCUAAAUUUCUAAAGGAUUUAUGCACUGUAAAAUGCAAACUGAAUGUGCAGAAAAAGGCCUUCCUCACUGAGCAAGUUAGUGCUAUUAUUCAAAAUCACACACCACCUAAGUACAAGGAUCCUGGGUCACCUACUAUUUCAUGUGUCAUCGGAAACUCUAAGAUAGGGCAGGCCUUGCUAGACUUAGGUGCGGGGGUUAAUUUGCUACCUUAUAGUGUGUAUGAACAAUUGGGGCUAGGGGAAUUGAAAACCACAUCCAUUAUCUUGCAGCUUGCUGAUAGAUCCAUAAAAAUACCUAAGGGUAUCAUUGAGGACGUCUUGGUCCAAGUGGAUAAAUUUUACUACCCUGUGGAUUUUGUGGUAUUGGAUAUGAAAGUGUCAUCCCACGCAAAUUCAUCACCACCGGUGAUUUUGGGAAGACCAUUUUUAGCAACUUCUAAUGCCAUAAUCAAUUGUAGGAGUGGUGUUUUAAAAUUGAGUUUUGGAAAUAUGACUUUAGAAUUGAAUAUCUUCAAUUUGUGCAGGCAACCUCAAGAACAUGAAGAAAUCCAAGAAGUCAAUUCAUUGGAAUCUUUAAUUGUAGACACUCCUUGGUUAAACUAUGAUUGUGAUGAGCAAUGGGAGGAAUUAGAAGAUUCCCUUGAUUUAACUGAGUCCACUGAUCAUUUUUCUUCGCUUUGUGUUGUAGGUGACUCAACUGAGAUGCAAUGGAAGCUUAAAUUUGAACCAUUACCGGCAAUACAAACCCCCGCACAACCAUCCGAUGAGAAGGCACCAGUGUUAGAAUUGAAGCCACUACCGCCGGAACUAAAAUAUGCCUACCUUGGACCAGAGAACUCAUUCCCAGUGGUGAUUUCUGCAUUGUUGACUCCUGACCAAGAAAGGAAAACGCCACCUCAGUGGAAUGCUCAAGACAUAAGAAGGUUGAAGACUGAAGCUAAGAAUUUCUUUUACGAUGAUCCUUAUCUCUUUAAAUAUUGUUCAGAUCAGAUCAUUAGAAAGUGUGUGCCUAACAAUGAGGCUUAUAGAACAGCUUUUAAAACUAUUUUAGGCAUGUCUCCAUAUAGAUUAGUGUAUGGUAAGGCUUGCCAUUUGCCUGUAGAGUUGGAACAUAAGGCGUAUUGGGCAAUUAAACAAUGCAAUUUUAACAUUGAUGAUGCUGGUUGCGUGCGAAAAUUGCAGUUAUCUGAAUUGGACGAGCUGAGAAUGGAUGCCUACAAUAAUUCUAAAUUGUCCAAUGCUAGUCUCCAGCAAAUUACGUGA